AUGUCAUCUUACACUUGUAACUCAUGCACCUUGCAGUUUCCUACUGGCAUGGACCAGCGUGAGCAUAUGAAAUCGGACUGGCACCGUUACAACUUGAAGAGAAGAGUCGCACAACUGCCUCCGCUCGAUGAAACGACCUUCAACAGCAAGGUUAAGGUACUCUCCGAACAGCCACAGCCUGAAUCCAAUCGGCAGAUGACAAAGAAGGAACUGAGGAGAAGAGAAAAAGAAGCUCUUUUGGAGAAGAAAAAACAGCUAUUGGAAAUGGCUCGUAUGAACAUUUUGCGCAACAUGGGAGAACAUUCAGCGGAGGCGGAAAAGCCAGAAGAAGCAAAGGAACAUGGAGAAGCAUCAGCAACAAACUCUGCAGAUUUCAUGAAUACUCAAGAGCCCGUGAAAAAUUUAGCAAAGCAAGAGCAUCCACUAGAAGAAGCUCAGGAAUCUGAGCAAGAAGAACAACUGACGCCUGAUCAGCUUGCCGAGAGACUCAUGGAGGAAAAGCUAGCCAAUAAGGUCGAAAUUCCACUCAAUACUUGUUUAUUUUGCCCCAAGCGUGAGUUUACUUCAUUCGAAGAAAACCUCGAUCACAUGUACAGGAAGCACGGCUUCUUCAUUCCCGAACAGAAGUAUCUAGUGGACAAGGAAGGACUUGUUAAAUAUUUAUCUGAAAAAAUCGGUCUUGGAAAUGUAUGCCUAGUGUGCAGCUAUCAGGGCAGAUCGCUCGAGGCUGUGCGUGCUCACAUGCUUUCCAAGAACCACUGCCGUAUUCCAUAUGAAACAGAAGAUGAAAGGCUUGAGAUUUGCGAAUUUUACGACUUUUCUAGCACUUACGCUGAAAAUAAUCAAGCCACUAGUGGAAAUGAUGAUGAGUGGGAGGAUAUUAACUCUGACGAGGCCGAGGAUCUUGAUGACGAAGACGAAGAGGUUCCUCAGGAAUACCUGUACAAUGACGGUGUCGAGCUGCAUUUGCCCACUGGUGUCAAAGUGGGACACCGCUCCCUCCAGAGAUACUACAGACAAAAUCUCAAGCCCGAGACUGUUCUGUCGGAGGGUCAAGGCACAGUGAUGGCGGCGGAAACAAGGCAUUUCGCUACCAUAUUUGACAGAAAACAAGUUGCGACUCAGAAGAAGGUGUGGCAGACAGAAGUCAAAGACAAGAAGCGGGAUGACAAGAGAAGCGCCAAAUUCAUCAAUAACCAACCUCACUAUAGGGACCAACUAUUGCAAUAG